UUUAAGAGAGAGAGGGGAGAACAACAAAACCAUGCUAAUCUAUCACUGACUGUUAUUUUAUUUUUGCUUAGUUCAGGCUGUGUGUUUAGUAAAAGCUCUUUGCAGCUUCUCCAACACUCGUAAACCAGCUUAAUUGUAAGGCGCAAAGCAAGGACAUACACACAUACACAUACACAUACACACACACACAUGCACACACAACCGCACACACUCAUUCUCCCUGAGUUGCACACACGCACACACACAUCGCCUCACACGCGUACGGCACUGCCCGCGAGAACCAGCUGGAGAAAGCCCAUCUCACAUGCUAAGAGAGAGAGGGAGAGGAACAGAGGACAGGAGCGAGAGAGUAAGACAAAGGAAGGCUGGGACGGAAGGAAAAACGGAGCGAAUAGAAGCACAGCCGGCUCCGGGAGAGGCUAACGACACGGAGUGAAGACAAGAGAGAGGAGGAGGACCAGGAGGGUGGAUCAGGAAGCAGGCUGGUGGCUCUCUCUUGUAGGCAGCGGAGCACAGUGAAGGCAUUAUGGGAAAUGCACCAUCCCAAGCCAUCACUGCUAGAAAGAGAGAGAGAGAGAGAGAGCACACGGCAGCGCGACCAGAAUACAAAGCAGGCCGAGAUGAUGUGGAAGCCAGUGUUGGGGCCUGCUUUCCGAGGCAAGACCCGGAGCGUGGCGGAGGUCACAUGAUCUCCACCGAUGACCUGGAGUACCCGCGUGAAUAUCGCACGCUGGGAAACAGUGCGCGGCGCUUCUCCAAUGUGGGGCUGGUCCACACCUCUGAGCACCGGCACACGGUCAUCGCCGCCCAGAGCCUGGAGGCCCUCACCAACCUGCACAAGGCCGACAUGGAACGCAAGCGGGAUGCCUUCAUGGACCACCUGAAGAACAAGUACCCUCCCCAGCACUCCCUACCACCCUCUCCAUCCCCCUCGCAUGGCAGCAUGAGGGGCUCCGCAGAGAGAAGUGCACGUGAACAGCAACAGCCAAACUACUGGAGCUUUAAGAGCCGUAGUCCACGUCACUCCCAGUCCACUCAGUCAGGUUUGGCAGACCAGGCGUCUAAACUGUCCUUCGCAUCUGCUGAGUCUCUGGAGACCAUGUCUGAGGCUGACAUGCCGCUGGGCUUCAACCGCAUGAACCGUUUCCGUCAGAGCCUCCCACUCUCCCGCUCUGCAAGCCAGAAUAAACUACGCUCUCCAGGUGUCCUUUUCCUGCAGUUUGGCGAUGAGACCAGACGUGUUCAUAUCACUCACGAGCUCAAUAGUUUGGAGACCUUACACGCACUUAUCGUGCACAUGUUCCCUCAGAAGCUGACAGCGGGAAUGCUGAAGUCCCCAAACACGGCCAUCUUGAUCAAAGACGAAGCGAGGAACGUCUUCUACGAGCUGGAGGAUGUGAGGGACAUACAGGACCGCAGUAUCAUUAAAAUCUAUCGCAAAGAGCCCAUCUAUGCCUCCUAUCCUGCAGCACAUCUGGCCAACGGAGACCUCAGGAGAGAGAUGGUUUACUCAUCCCGGGACUCGUCACCUACCCAUCGCCUCAACACUCUCCCUUCCUCCACUGUCUCACCCUCCUCCAGCUCUCCUUCUCGAUCUCGUCUCUCCUACAGCGGAGGUCGGCCCCCCUCUUUCACUGGUCCAGGUCACCCUCACCCACAGGGUCCCCAGCAUCCAUCCCACUCCCACCACCCUUCGCCCUCUCACGGACAGGCUCAAGGCCUAAACCCCUCUUCCUCUUCCAUCCUGGAGCGGCGUGAUGUCAAACCCGACGAGGAGAUGUCUGGUAAAGGCAUGGUCCUCCUAAAGAAUGAAGGUCUUUAUGCUGAUCCGUACAGCUUGGUGCACGAGGGUCGGCUUAGUAUCGCUUCUACUCAGUCCCUGGCCACCAUUGCCGACCCCUUCGGCUUCCCGGUGUCAGGAGGUCUGUACCGCAGAGGGUCAGUGCGGUCUCUCAGUACAUACUCUGCUGCGGCGCUUCAAAGCGACCUGGAGGACAGCCUGUAUAAGCCUGGAGGUUCUCUAUACUCCGAUACCUACAGCAGCUCCACGCUCGGCAUGGGCUUUCGUCUGCCGCCCUCCUCCCCGCAGAAGAUUCCCGACGUGCAGCUGCGUGACAGGGAAUCGUUCACUGCGUCUCCCAGCCGAGGGUCGCCUGUGAGAACCACCUUCCGCAAAGACUCAGUUUCCUCUUCGGUGUUUGUGGAGAGUCCGAAGUCCAGACCCAGCUCCAGUUCUGAACCCCUAGGAGAUGGGAGUAAGGGACCUGGAUUUGGGUCAUCAUUAUCUGGGGGCGAGACGGACACACGCAGGGAUCGUAUGGAGGCAAUGGAGAAGCAGAUAGCCAGUCUGACUGGACUGGUUCAGAGCGUCCUUACACGAGCACCAGACAGUGACAGCACAUGCGGCCUGCUGCGUCUCUGCAUGAUGGCGGGCUGCCCUCCGGACCAAGGGGCGGACUUUUCACGGCCCUUCCCUUUCUCUUCCAGCGAGAAGACCGAAUCCACCAGCGACGGCUCCGCCACAGGAACUGGCCGGCUGAAGAAGAAAGCGCUGACUCCAUCUGCCCCGCUGGCACUGAUGCCUCCGCCUUCAUCUGGAGGCUCUCAGGCCUCCACCGUCUCCAGGCUACAGAUGCAGCUUCACCUGCACGACCUACAACAGAAUGCCACCGAUCUGCGCAAGCAGCUCGCACAGCUCCGUAAAAUGCAGUUGCAGAACCAGGACUCCAUACGCAGUCUACUGAAGAGGACCGAGACAGAGCUGAGUCUGCGUCUAUCAGAUGCGCUGAGGAAACAGGAAGACCCUCUCCAGAGACAGCGCCUCCUAGUGGAAGAGGAGAGACUCAAAUACCUGAACGAGGAGGAACUCAUCAUACAGCAACUGCAUGAUCUGGAAAAGUCAGUGGAGGAGAUCCAGAAGGAAAUGUCUGUCAAUCACCGACAUGUGACAGUGCAGGAGCUGGAGGAGAAAAGCUCGCUGCUGAGGAAACUGGGAGAGACUCUCACCGAGCUGAAGAAUCAGUUCCCGGGGCUCCAGAGUAAAAUGCGAGUGGUGUUGCGAGUGGAAGUGGAAGCUGUGAAAUUCCUGAAAGAGGAGCCACACAGACUGGACGCUCUGCUUAAACGCUGCAGAUCCAUCACAGACACUCUCUCCACUCUGAGGAGGCAGGUGAAUGAAGGAGUGUGGAAGACCCAGGAAGAGUAUUCCAGCCCCUCUCCUAAACUCGGAGGAGGGGACGAGUACAGGAAGAACACAGACUUUGAUAUUCCAACCAGUCCACCGCUAAACCUCAAUGAGACCAGCCUGGCUAACUGGAGCCCUCACUCUGGUCAAGGCCACAGCCACUCGAACCCUUCUAGUGCACAGCGUGAGAAGGAUGCUCAUGGGAUGGUGGGCUCGUUGAAGGGACGGGAGCUGGGCGAGCUAGGAGGUCGAGGAGGGUCUGAGAAGGCCUCAUCUGUGGAAGUGAGACUGGCAGCAGAGCGGGACUGGGAAGAGAAGAGAGCCAGUCUAACACAGUACAGCGCUCAGGACAUUAAUCGACUGUUGGAGGAGACUCAGGCUGAGCUCAUGAAGGCCAUUCCUGACUUGGACUUUGCUGCCAAGCAGAUCAAACCUGCUCAGAACCAGAUUCAAAACCAAAACCAGAGCCAGAGCCAGAGUCCAUCUAGCACCAAUGCCACACCUGAACACAAGCCUAAUAAGCCUCAGAAUAAAAUUUCCAGUAAAGACAGCGGAUCCAGACGAGGCUCGGAUGAACUGACGGUGGCGAGGUAUCGAACGGAGAAGCCCUCAAAAUCCCCCCCUCCUCCACCUCCCCGCCGGAGUUUCCCCUCCUCCCCUGGGCUUACUACACGCAGCGGAGAGAUAAUCAUUCCUGGAAAGAGUAUAAAGAAAUCAGAAUCAGAGGAGACUGAUUCUCAGAAGCCACACGUUAAGCUGAGGAGGAGUAUAUCUGAAGUCCCCCGACCGGCCUCCACCCCUCCGACCAUCGCUGGUGGAGAGCGAGAGGAGGGCAACGAGGAGAAGUUAGCAGCUGAGCUAGAGCAACAGUUGAUUGCAUCUAAGGGUGGUGAUGACCACUCCAGUGAUUUUACAGAGAAAUCUCUGAUGCAGCACGAGAUGUCCUCCACUCCAGUUCCCCAGAUAGUCUUAACUGAGUGUAACUCUCUCCCCAUGUCCCCCUCUGAGGACUCAGCAGAGACCCAGCGGUCUGACAGCACGCAGACAAUCAAAGACAAUAACACUGGAAAUGACAUCAGAGUAAGUUACUUCAGCCACAUUGUGAGGACUCCCCGUCUGCCGCUAUGGAAACAAGACUUGUCAGCCAGCCAAAAAGUCCCUCGAUUACAAGACUUGGAUGCAGCCCAGAGGGAGCUCCAGAGUCCCGUCCAGGAUGUGACCCAGUCGUGUCCGCCCUUAACAAGCGAGAGAGCAAUUAAACAGCCCCUGAGGAGGGAGCCAAGGGUUCAGGAGUCUCUCGAGGCAGCGACAGAAAAGAAAGAAGAGCGAAUGAGAAAGUCGGACACUACAUUGUCUGUCUCACCACAAAACGGGCCCGUAGAGACAUCUCAAGUGGGUUUGAUCCGCACUCAAGGCGUUGGAGGGGAAAAGGAAGACAUAUGCCACAGCACAUACCGUCGUCUGGACAGUCUGGAGGAAACCAUCCGUGAGCUAGAGCUCAGCCUGAUGGAGUUCAGCACUGAUCCUCACACAGGGAACAUCUUCCCAGCGUCCGUCCAGAUGCAGAGUUCCUCCACCAAGAGAUCCACCAGCACUCAACAUACAGCAGACGGAGGAGACACAAACAAACCCGCUGUCCCACCAAAACCAUCCUGCAUCAGCACAUCCACAGCCAAGACUGGCGGUGGAAAGGCGUUGUCUCGUCUUAAGCACCUGCAGCAGAGCGGAUCAGAAAAGAGCAAAACAAGCAAACAGAGAGAGGACUUCCUUAAGAACCAGGGUCAACAGCAGGCUCUGAGUCUGAACAUCAGCAGAGCCAGAGCAACUGAGUCGCUCCUCGCAAGCACCAGAGCCGCAAGCUUCUCUGGCCACCUGCCCUCCAGAUUGCGAAAGUACCCCCAGGAGGGGGCACUGUCCUCCUUGAUGGCCUCCUCCAACCAGGCCAAAGCGCUCCUGGCUAGCCUUUCCACAUCCAGCCUCUCGACUGAGGCACUCCUCCUGUCAUCCACCUUACGACACCACCGGUUUCACAGAGAGCAGACCUUCAACUCCUCAAGCCUUCCUCUUCCCAUCUCCAACGGCCGCUCCCUUCCCUCUCCGACUUCACCUACUUCCUCUUCCUCGCCCUCAUCUCCCUCCGCUCUCACCUCACUGAGUCUGUCCUCGCUGGCCCUGAAACCCUCCGCCACCAGCAGCUUGGAGCGGAACAAGACUGAACCCAAGACAACUCCAGGCGAUAGUGAUUAAGGAGGAUGUGGCUGGAAAUGAUCCAUAUAUAGGAUGUGGACAGCGCAAGUAGAUGAAUUGAAAUGUGACUGACCUAAAAGAAAGGAUUUUUUGGAGGCCUGGUUUCUAAAGUGUUUUGUUUCCCUUACUAUCCCUACCAAGACGCCUUGCGGAGAACAGUGACAUAGGGCAUGGAGGCGGAUGACUUACCGCUUUGCAUCCUAGGUUCACUUUUCUUCAGUUUGUGAACAGAUCCAAACUGUUAACCCUACCUACUCUGUGUUUCUGCCAGUUCCCCAAACUAGAGAACCAACAGAUGGGCUUGGACACUCACCACCAGCCUGUUUCCAGCUCCACUGCAGAGCCAGCAUCACACCACCCACGGGAGGCCUGGGGAAGGACUCUUUACCCAAACCCUCAUUCAUUUGCCAAAUCUCACAUGUUGGAGGUCUAGCUGAGUUCGGUAGAUGUCCAUCAAGUGUAAAAUCAAGACUGUAAGACUAUGUAAAACCAAGUAGAGUUGCAAUAAUCGAAAGUGAGUACUGUAGUAGUCGGUGUUUGUUGAGAUGUUUUAUUGCUCACAUCUAUAUCAGUGAAAGGAAUGUAAAAAAAUAACAGCAAAACCUUAAUGUUAAGGCAGCAUCGCUCCUUCUAAUGUAGAUUUUGGCUAUCAGUCGUACUACUAAAGGAAAAUAACUGAAAUUGGUGCUAUGAUUAACAUUUUAAUGAUUAUACACUCCCUUAAAGGGAUAGUUCAUCUAAAAAUGAAUGUUCUGUCAUGAUCAACUCAUUCUUGUAUUGUUGCAAAUGUCUUGGUUUAUUGUCUAUACAAUGGAAGUCACUGGGUUCUUACAUUGCUUCGGACUCCACUGACUUUAAUUGUGUGGACAAAAACAUUCUUCCAAGUGUCUUCUUUUGUGUUCUACAGAAGAAAGCAAUUCAUGCAGAAUUUUAAUUUUCAGAAGAACUUUCCCUUUGAUACACAUACACUACCUAAGAGUCUAUUUUUGUUCUCAUUUGCUCUCAAAUAGGUCUUCAUACAGCCAUUUUACAUGUUUGCUGUAACUUAGCACAAGUUGUCAUGGCAACAGGGGAACUGUGGGAAAGUGGAGGGCUGCCUGCUUUUUGAAUCACUUAUUAUGGGAUGGUGUUGUUAGGCUAUUGUUUUCUCAAGUUCUUAAGAGUCACAGUUUUCAUACAUAAGGAUAUAGGAUACUCCCCUGUUCUUGUCAUUAAAGAAGCACAAGAAGCUAGAGAAAGUACAGUGAUCUGACAAUCAUCAAACAUUCGGCACAAGCUGUCUUAACCUUUGGGCCUCCCAGAUUGUGAAACCAAAUUCCAAUUUAAAAUGAACAAACAGAUGGUUAGGUUCACCAUGUAGGGGUUGCACAAGCAAGAAGACUCAGCGUAAUUCCACAGCACGUAUGCCGGUGGACGUGAUCCAUCGAGUAGAAGACAUCUGUGCGGCUGAGCAUUCCAACUCAUCCUUUUUCCUAACGAGCCAGUCAAACCCUCUGCUUACUUUUCUAUCAAACCACAGACACUUAGAUUCACUAUCAUUUUUAGAAGGUAAUGUAAUGUAUGCCAGUUUAUGAUUACCUAGAAUGGUGAUACAAAUAUGAAUAUCACAUCCAUUCUUUGGUUUCAUUGCUCUCCACAGUCAUAAUACUAAAACGCAAGAGCAUGCUUUUUUUGGUUAUUGAGGCUCUGGUUCUGCCCACCCAUCUUCUUUUCUCAUUCCAGUCCUCAUGACAUUCUCACACACACUUACAGAUAAAGAUUUAUUUUUUCUUCUCAGAGUAUUCAUAUGUUGUGAAUUUGUCAAUGCCAAAACCUACAGGUUUCCUCGUGAGCCCAGAGAAUUUAAAUGUGUAAAGGUGAGUGAGAGUGGAACAGAAUGAAAUGAAUAGAGCAAGAGGGGAGAUUUUUCCAGCUUUCUGAUGAAACGAAUGUGUGAAAUUGAUUGCUUGUGGUGCGGGGUUUAAAAUAAUGGCUUAAGCACUAGGUCGACGUCGAGAGUAAAUGGCCAGAGGAGAGAUUAGUGGUGUUACUCCGUGUCUCGCAGCCAAAUCGGCCUGUAAUUCAUGUCCGAAAUGUAUAAUAAUUCAUGUGGGAGGUGCUGCAAGAGGCAAAAAGGUCAAGCUUAGGCUGUUACAUGCAUGGAAAUGCCUUAAUUUAAAGUCAUGUUGUUUGAAUUUAACAUCUGUGAAUAAAAGAAAGAACAAAGCUUUAUUCGUAAUUCAUGCCUGGAUCAGCUAGUUACACAAAAAGUUGAGCAGUGGCUUGCAAAUUCCUUAAUAUUACUUUUGUUAAAAUAAUUAAAACUUGAUUCAUACUCCAGAUUCUUUACACUCUAGAUUUGUCUGGAAAGUUCACAGCAAGCGUCAAAUUCACAGCUCGGUCUAUUUUAGGACCCAGACCGAACUAUUAUUACAAACUAGCAAAUGAGACAAAUUUAGCAAUUGGUGCUGCAGGGGCACACUCAAACAUUCAAAACGUUACCCUUGCAGCUACAGUUUCACAGAAACGAGAAGCGGGUUUCGUGCUUGAAUGGAGAUGGUAAGAAUCUACAGCACUUCCUGUCAGGAAGUACACUUCAUCCUCUUAGCUAAGCCAUGGGUAGAAAUUUGUGAGCUAAGAAAAGACUUUCUUGACCCCAACAGAGACCGCGAUGGAUAAAUGUAGGAAGGUGGUGAAAUCUCCCUUUUUGAAGUAGAAUCUUUCUCUCUCAAAACAUGGCAAGAUAACAGCUCAGACAUGAUAUUUAAAUACAUCUUUAAAGUUAGUCAUUUAUUUUUCUCUCAACAUGGUUGGUAAAAAAAAAAAGAAAAAAAAAGUAUGAUGCGAGAUUUGCGUUUGUAUAUUUUUUCUUUGUUGAUUUUAUAUUAACUGAGAUUUAUUUGUACAUAUUUUUGUUUUUGUAAUCCUGAGGAAAUAUAUAGCACACUGGAAAAUGAUCUAUUCAUAAGAGAAGUGUUUUGUAUAUUGAGUUGAAAAUAUUACUCUGUACAGCCCAGUUCAUGUAUAAAGUAUAGCUGCAUCUAACCACAGGUUGAUAUUUUGUUAAUUUUCUGAGUUGUUUUAAGUGUUGGGUGAAUCUGAAAAAGCCUUUAUCCAGCCAGCCAGCCAUUCAAAAGAAUUUAAUUAAUGUGAUACGAGUGAAAUCGGGUUCAUUGCUGAUACUUAUGAAGCUCUAAUCUGUAUUGUGACCUGAGAAUGUCAUUUGCUAACUCUUAAUUUGUUUGCUUUGAGUGAAAUUAACAAUGUGGAUCUAAUGGAAAAUGUAAAUGAACUAUUGCAGCCCUCUUCUGCCCUCUAGCAGUAGGGAGUAAGCACUUUUAUUGAAUAACAGCUGUUUAAACUGUCAAUGUACAAAUGCCUUGGUCAAGGAAACAGUUGCACAAGUGUUUCUGCCACAUUAUGCUACUUUUGAGUUGCAGGUUAGAAUUUCCCCCGGAAAGACUGCAGGAAAUAGGAGGAGCUGGAUGCUUCUGCUAGUUAUGUCUGGUUUACCAGGCCAAAAAUAACACAGAUUAAUUUAGAGAAAGCACAUUCUAUGAUGGAACGUCUUGAUGUAGAAUAUUUUACCAGAGCUCUUUAGUCCCUUAAGUGAGAUUUUUUUCUACAUGGUUGUGUGGAUGUUACAAAAUUCUGACAUUAAACUGAUAAUAAUAAACUACUAGAAAAGAGUAAAAGGAAAAAAGUAUGAAAAGACUAUAGCGUGUAAAUAAAACCGUAAUCAUUAGAGUCCUACAAAAUUAUGUCCAGAAAAAAAAAAGUUUUAUUUAAAAGAUGGAGUUAUAAGGUAUAUAAUAAAAGUUAAAAAAAAAAUAUUAAAAACAAUAAUUACAGCAAUGCAUGUACAUUCUAAAAGCAAUCGCACGGUGCCGAUGAUUUAAAAAAACAAAACAAAGUUAUCUACAUGUUUUUCUAAAAAAAAAUCAAGGGAGAGAAUAGUGAGGUCAAGUGCACUGAUUUGAGGUUCACAGCUGUAGAGUCGAAGUAGGAAAAAAUGACUUUUUCUAUGUCUGAUUUCUUUGUGGCUCAGGCAUAUCCAGUCUUACUGUAACCUGUGGUGAUGUGGAAACCAGACUUGAGUGGCAAGCUCUGAGUGUGUUUUACUGAGCAGAUUAAACUCCGCUCUAGUAAUGGUGCGAGCCCUUAGCCCACGCUGUGACCCUCCUAUCUCUAGAGUAGACAGAGAAUCACUCUAUAUACAAAUAAGAUAUAUAAACACCUAUAGAUACAGAAGAAAAAGAAAUUAAUUUGUCAGUGUGGAUGCCAUGAUAACUUUGUGAGAAAUGUGACUUUAUUUAUUUAUUUUUUCCUGUGAGAAAUGAGAGCUGAGACCUUUUGUACAUACUUGCUGUGGUUGUGUGUCUAAUAAAGUACAGCUCUCUUCUAUGACAA